UACCGUAUUGUUGUUUUUUUUAUUUUUAUUGAUAAAAAUUUAUUAAUUAAAUAAUAAUCAUGAAUUUUAUAAGAAGUUUAAGACAACUUCAACCAUUCAGAAGCCUGAGUCAAGUGUUUACUCAAUCAAACGUCAUUGUAACUCCAAAAUUAAAUUUAUCAACAACUCAAGGAAAAUUAGUAAAUUUAUCAUCAAUUAACAAUAUGUCAAGUAUAAAAAAAAAUGUUGACUUUGAUGGUCUUUUAGAAGCUCAAAAUGAUAAAAAUAUUUUAAUAAUUGACGUUCGUGAACAAUCAGAAAUUGAUGAGACUGGAAAAUUACCAGGCAGUAUUCACAUUCCAAUGGCAAAUGUUUCAAGUCAAUUACAAAUAAAUAAUGAUGAUUUUCAAAAGAAAUAUCAAACUUCAAAACCAACAAAACAAACAAAAAUUGUUUUAAGUUGUAGAUCUGGAAUGAGAAGUGGUAAAGUUCAAGAAGAACUUCAAAAAUUAGGCUAUGAAAAUGCCUAUAAUUAUACUGGAGGCUGGAGUGAAUGGGAAAGUAAACAAAAAUCUUAAUAAAAAUUUUAUGAUAUUAAUAAUCUUAUUGAUAAAUAAAAGCAAAAAAAAUAUUGAUAAAAUUAAAUAUUUAC